GCUGAUAUGACCAAAGAGCAUAUUGAAAAACUUCUGACUGCUGGAGCCAAUGUUGUCCUAACUACAAAAGGGAUUGAUGACAUGGCACUCAAGUACUUUGUGGAGGCUGGAGCAAUUGCUGUGAGACGUGUUCGGAAAGAGGACCUACGCCAUGUUGCUAAGGCUACAGGGGCCACAUUGGUCUCAACAUUUGCUGAUAUGGAAGGCGAGGAAACAUUUGAUUCAUCCCUUCUUGGAUCUGCAGAUGAAGUUGUCGAGGAGCGCAUUGCUGAUGAUGAUGUGAUUAUGAUAAAAGGGACAAAAACUUCAAGUGCGGUCUCUUUGAUCCUUAGAGGUGCCAAUGAUUAUGUGCUCGAUGAGAUGGAGAGAGCCUUGCAUGAUGCAUUAUCUAUUGUCAAGAGGACACUGGAAUCCAAUUUGGUGGUAGCAGGUGGAGGUGCAGUGGAGGCUGCCUUAUCUGUGUAUUUGGAGUACCUUGCAACAACUCUAGGAUCUCGAGAGCAGUUAGCGAUUGCUGAGUUUGCUGAAUCUUUAUUAAUAAUACCAAAGGUGCUUGCUGUCAAUGCUGCAAAAGAUGCAACUGAGUUGGUUGCAAAAUUAAGGGCUUACCACCACACUGCUCAAACCAAGGCAAAUAAGCAGCAUUUAUCAAGCAUGGGAUUGGACCUUUCUAGAGGUACCAUCCGUAACAACUUAGAAGCUGGAGUCAUUGAGCCUGCAAUGAGCAAGGUGAAGAUAAUACAGUUCGCAACUGAAGCGGCUAUCACAAUUCUUCGAAUUGAUGACAUGAUCAAGCUUGUGAAAGAUGAAAGUCAAAAUGAGGAUUAAGGUCAGUCUGUAAAUAAAUUUUGUCAUUCCCUUUUAAAGGGACACAAAUUCUGGGCUUUUUGGAUGGGGAAACUAGAAAGUGAUGGGCACAGAAGUUUGUCGUAGUUUUAUCAUUUAUCACUGGUCAUUGGUGUGCAUUGAAGGCCCUCCCUUUUUUUGUUUUGUUUUGUUUUUUUUUUUUCCCAUUUCGAAAAAGGUUCUAAUGAUAUGGCCUCUUUCAUUCUUUGUUGUGAAAAAUUCUGUGCGGUUGGUUCUGCAAGUGGUGCAAUUAUCUGCCCCCUCUAAACAGUACGGAUAUUGUGUUACAGCAAAUAGAUUAAUUUGUAGUUUUAGAAAAUUAAUUCAUUUUUGGGACUUGGGUUGAGAUUGACAAGGCUGAAGGUUUAUGUUCUAUUGGAUGUCUACCAUCGUUAAUAUAGAAACAGAUUGGAUCUCUUUGGGUUCUCCAAACUCCCAGACCAAGCAUUCUAAGGACUCAAAUCUGGGUAUGUCAUGUGACUCUGGUCUAACCAAUUCACAGCAUAUCUGUAAGAAGAGGAUGGGCUGCCUGUAAAAAAGGAUUUAGGUUAACCUAAGUACAGAGUCCAGGCCAAAUUUUAUGAUUACCUUAUCAUCUCAUGACUGGACUAGCAUGUUUUGCAAUUCUAAUCAUUAUUCUUCUGUUUGUGGAUGUUGCUUGUAUAAACCUGUAUAUUGUAGGAAAUUUGGCUUUAACUAUUCUCAAUCUUGAAGAGUUUUUUCUGGGGAUGAAAAAGAAAUAGAAUAUAGCAUGUUUCGUUCAGAUUUUAGCUGCUCCUGGUUCUUUCUUCCCUUUUUCGUAUUUUUGGCUAAGUUUUAUCAUGUGUUGCUUAUGAACAAAAUUGUUACAUGUUAUAAAAAAAAGACAUCGCAACAAUACUAUGAAGCUUUUUACUGCUGCUGCUGCAGAUUUUUUGUAAUAA